GUAUGCGAGGGACUCUUAAUACGGUCUCUUUUUCAUGUUUAAUUUAUUUGUAACAGAAGGAUGUACAAAUAUUAACACGGCUCCGCACGACAUUUAAUAUUUUCUACCAAAUAUAUUGUGUUCAUAUUUGUGCAAGAAACGCUAAAAUGAGUGUGCAGGAUGAAAGAGUGGGAUGUAUGCAACUAGGAAUAUCAAUUAAAAACGAUUAGCAGUGAUUGAAGUUUAAGUCAUGUAGUGUACUUAAUUAUUUGCCAAAAUUUCGAUGAAUCAACAUCCUUAACCAAAUGACUUGCUUCCGCUUCGGACAGAUACUUUCAACAAUACGAUAACGUUCCGUGAUUAUUGUUGUUGAAAUGAACAUAUAUACAUGUUUUGUGAGUGAUGUUAACACUUAGCAUUUAUAUUUAACAUCAUGGUGUACGUUUAUACUGGAUUAACAUUUACACUUUUAAUAAAAUUAUAGCUGGGAUAUUAACACUUUUCAUUUAUUUAACAUCAUGGUGUACGUUUAUAUUGGAUUAACAUUUAUGCUUUUACUUCAAUUAGAGCUAGGAUAUACUGCUACAUGUGGUUCGCUUGAAUUUGAGCAAGAUACAGUGACAGAGGGAGGAGCUGCAAAGCUCAUUUACAAAACGCUUAAUAUAAAUGCACCCCGGAAGUGGUAUAGGUGGAAUACAGAUUGGACUCUCCUUUAUGAAGAUGGCAAAUCUAACAGCAAUACAAAAUAUGCUGAAGAAGCACAAGGAGAAACUUUCAUUUUAUCAAUGAAGGGAGUAGUUCAAGCAGAUUCUGGGACAUAUACUGUUUACUGUGGUAAACAUCAUAGCGAUGAAACAAUGCUUACUGUUACGCCAUCACCUACAGGAGCACGUUUGAUCAUGGACUGGUUUACUGGGGCCUUUUUAUUUGAUAGCUGA